UUUGAGAGAGAACGAAGAUGGAGGAGAGGCUGAUUUUUGCAGUGAGCGCUCACCCAGAGCUCUACGAUGUGACCUGUCCUUUCUACUCGAUCAGGACCAAGAAGGAGCGGGCCUGGAUGAGCAUCAGCCAGAAUGUUGGAAUGCCAAUGGAAAGGUGUAAAUCAAAGUGGAAGAACCUCAGGGACACUUACACCAGGGAGAGGAAAAAGGUGUCCAGGUGUGGGGCAGCAGCGCGGACAGCAAAGCGGUGGAAGUACCUGGGGAUCCUUUCUUUCCUCGACCCCUUUAUUGUUCCACGUGACGCCAGCGGGAGCACGGAGCAGGAGGUCGAGGAGGAUUGGGCCUCCAAGAGUAGGGAGUCGGAUGAGGAAGGAGAGACAGCAGGCCCGUCACAGACAGGUUUGACACAGAUUGUGUUGGAGGAUGCCUGUUGUCAGACUCGGCAAAUAUAUUUAAUUCCCACAGCCUCAACUAAUAAACGUUUUGAAGAAGAAGAUGGCAUUUUCAGUGAAGAUGGUGACGAGGGGCCUGCUGCCUCCACCCCGGUAACCCCUGCUACGCCGGCCCCACUGACUCCCCCGGCUCCUGGUUCGCCCGCCUUCGGCCCUUCUUCUGCCCCUGCUGCUGCUGCCACACAUGCUUUAGUGGCCAGACCUGUGCUUGGAAGGAAGAUAGCAAAGAAGAGGGUGCGGGAGGAUGAGGACUCGCGGAACCGGGAGAUCCAGGACCUGCUCCUGGAGACACUGCGGGCCCUGCAGGACCAGUCGGCUUGUUCUCCCGCACCAACGCCUCCACGCAGCGAGGAUCAGUUAUUCCUCGAUAGUAUAGCCCCUUCCCUGGAGAGAUUGGAUCCCCAAGUGAAGGCACGUGUGAAAUUUGAAAUACAUAAAAUCAUUUAUGAAGCCAGCACAGUUGUGCGUAAUUUGGAGCCAGCCGAGUAGCUAUUAGCUCGUGGGGAACCAAUCUCUGCAGGGAACAGGCAGGCUAUCGAGGAAUGCUGACCUCAAGUACGUGUCCCUGAGGCUUUUCCAUUUUUUCACUGCAAUUUUAGAAUUUUAUUUGCAAUAUUUACAUUUUUCAUGAUUUUGUGUAUUUUAUAUUAGCUAUAUUAGUCAAUUCUGUGUAUUUUUCUACAUUUGAAAUUCUAAUACAUUUCUUAAA